AUGCCUUUCGUCCCGCUCUGCUAUCGUCCCUUUCCUCUCCUCCCUCUCCUUCUUUCCCCAUCUCUCCCCCAGCCCUUCUUCCAGUACUGCACCCGCCUUUCCCCCUCUCUCCUCUCCUCCCUUCGAAACAUGUUCUCCCUUUACCCUCUCGCCCCCUUCUCCUUCCUCCCUCCCCCUCCCCUUUACCCCCCCCCCUUCUCCCCCCUCCAGCCCUGCUUCCAGCAUUGCACCCGCCCCUCCCCAUCCCUCCUCUCCUCGCUGCGAUCACACCACCUCCUCCCCCCCGCGGGCCUCCCCCUCUUCCACGCCAACUGGACACUCCGCCGCCCGCUACCUGUCCCGCUCCCGCCACCUGGCGGGCCCGUCUCGGCUGACGUGGCGGCUGACGUGGCAGCUGACGUGGCGUAUGCUCCAGGAGGGGCGGCUGUUGACGCGGAUGGGGACGGAUUUGCGGGGGUGAGGGGGGUGGUUGGGGAGGACUGGGUGGUGGUGGUGGCGGUGCCACCUGGUGCGAUGCUAUUGGAUAAGGUGGAGGAGAUGGUGGAUGGCAUGAUCCAAGACAACUGGUGGCACGGCCGGGUGGUGUACUUCCGAGGAGGCAUGGGUGUGCAGGAAGGUGAGGCAGAAGGGAGGAUGGGUUUGAAGCGAGGAGACAUGGAAGUGAGGAAGGAGGAAUUGACAAAGAAAGGGCUAUCUUCUCUCGCGCUCUCCUCCUCAUCUCGCCACCAGGGGAGGCUCUAG